CAAUUUUAAUAACACUUGUGUUAUGUGUGUUGAAAAAUUAUGUUUUAUUGUUCAGUUUUUUUUCUAAUAAUUACUUAAAACCGGUAAUUUGUAUUUUUAUAUAAUAGCAACACAUUAAUUAAGUUAAGUGAAUUAACUUCCAAUUUUUUAAUAAUCUAUACAUUUAGUUGCAACCAAUACAUUUAUAAUAAUGGAAGUAGAAGAACGAGAUCUUAAAAUAGCCAAUCCGGCGUGGGCCGAUGCGAUGAGUAAAAUAUUAAAAACAAAAAAAAGAAAAGGAAAAUCGUUAAUUUUAGCAAAAGCUAAAUUAAUAACUGAAAAUAAAGUGAAAGUUGAAAAUGACGUUGAUACUUUUGAAGUUGUGGGUAAAAGUGGUGAAAAAGUCAUACACACUACAAAUAUUAACGACGUCAAAGAAGAAAAACUAGAUUUCGAUAAGUUAGAACCUAAAAUACCAAAACGAAUUCGGAUUAGAGAACAAGUGUUAUUGGGAAGAAUCAAACCAUCUGUGAGUGAUAGAGUGAAAGAAAAAAAUUUAUCAAAAAUUGCAACUAAGGGUGUAGUUCAAUUAUUUAACAUGGUAAAACAACAACAAAGAACAGUUGAAAAAUCAUUGAAAAAUGUUGGAACAUCUAUCAUAAAACAAGACAAAGUAUUGGAUUCCUUAGAUAAAAAAAAGUUUUUAGAGCCAUUUGACCAUAAAAAUGAAUCUGUAAAUACUGGAUGGGAUGUUUUAAGAGAUGAUUUCAUGGGUGGAACAAAAAUAAAAGAUUGGGAUAAAAUAACUGAAGAAGAAAGUGACGAAGACACUAAUAUUUAAACUAAAUAAUUUUUGUUGAAAAGUAAAUUUUUUUAAAAAUAAAUUGUAAUAUUUAAAAUAGUUAUUUUAUUUUUAUUUGAGUUUGAAACAAUUAUAAAUUUUUGUAUGAAUCUAUCAACCUAAAUGUCCAAUUAGUUUGGAUCUAUUUAUUCAAUUAAAAAAUGAUCAUACCAAGCAAAUUUAAUUAAACUAAAAAAACCUUAAAUCAACUUUUAUAAAAAAAAUUUGUUUAAAUCCUUAACCAUAUAAAUAGUACACUCUAUACUCCGCGCACUUUAAAAAGAUAACUCUUUGAGUCAGCGGCACUCCUUAACAUAGUUCGGCAUCGUCUACUGUGCAUACAGAUACAACCUAGGCGGCGAUCAACGAGUUUUGGUAUCUUUUGAUAGUGUAUUGCGUAAACAACGUAUAUUUUGAAGAAAAAAAAUUUUAAUAGGUCCAAUUUUUUAAAGGAUUAAGAGGUUCGGGAUAGGCAACACUAUGCAAAAUUGUAUCAUAAUUAAUUUUUUAAUGUAAAAAAGUCUGUUUUUUAAAUAUAUAUUAUAAUAGUUAUGUGAACCAUAUAAUUGGAAAAAUCACAAUAUGUAAAUUGUCAAUACAAUUCAUAAUGUACUAAUUACAAUAAAUAGUGUUACCUAUAUGUAAAAAAGAAA